AUGAAUAUGGCUACAAACUUAGGUAAAAUAGUUUCAGGAAGCGAUGAAAGUUCAUUAUCAGUCUAUGAUCAUUUAGAUGAUAAUACAAAAAAUAAUAUGACUAGUAAUACUGGAGAUUCACAGCAGUUUGCAGCGAUGCUUAAACAAUUAUAUUCUUCAAUGUCUGAUAAUCAAUCAAGUUAUAAUUUCCCAUCAAGAUCAAGUUUAUCAUCAUCAUCAAUUAGAAAAUUUCCAGCAUCAUCAAAUGAUUUGAACUCUUAUAUUCUUUCAAUUGUAUCUCAUUGGUUUGUUCUUCUUGUUAAUCCUAUUGUGAUUUUAUUUGGUGUUAUUGGUAAUCUUCUAGCUACAUAUAUUUUAAUUAAGGGUAAUAUUGCUAAGUUACCUGUUUCUUUUUAUACAAUUAUGCUCAAUAUAUCGGAUACACUUAAUUUAUUAAUACCAGUAUUUAUAUUUUGGCUUGAUAAUUUAUUUAAUCGAACACCUGAACGUGUUUAUUUUCGGGAUAGAUCAAAUUUUUUAUGUAAAGUAUUGAUGUGUCCUGAUCAAUUAUUUGCUGCACUAAGUGCAUGGUAUAUGUGUGCUAUAUCAUUUAAUCGCUGGUGUUCAGUAUGUCGUCCAUCAACUUAUUUUUUUCGUACAACAGCGAGUGUGUCGAAAGCAUCUUCAUCUGGUAGUAAUGUUGUGAAUAAUAAAAUUAAUAAUGGACAAAAAAAAGAUUUAUUUGGAACACCUGCUUCAUCAUCAUCUUGGUUUCCUUUUAAUUAUUGUUGCUGUAUGAUGCGUAAUAUUAAAUAUCGUCAACAUCUACGAGCUUUUCGUAGUAUUGGUAUUAUUACAUUAAUAGGCAUAUUAUGUUGUCUCUAUCCAAUAUUUAUGCAUGAACUUCGACCUGUAAUGGCAAUAAAACCACAUGAUUUUGAUGUACUAGAGACAGAUAGUAAUGAUCGUGACCAUUCUAAGCAAUGGACACGUUGUUAUUAUAGCACAAAACAUGAAUAUGCGUAUGAUAUUAUAGGAAUAAUUCUAACAAGUUUUUUACAUAUAUUACCUUUAACGUCUGUUGCUGUAAUGAAUAUAAUGAUUAUUGUACGAUUAAGAAAACGACAACGACUUAUGGCUGUUUCAACAAAUAGUGCACGAUCUGUAUUAUUAAAUAAAAAGAAAAAGAAAGCAUCAUUGAAAGAAUUACAAAAACAUUUUACAUAUAAAUUAAAUUCUUCAUCAAUCAAAGAAAUGAAACAAACUAAUAUGAUAAUAUCUCCAUCUACACCAUCAUUAGUAAUAACUCAUAAAGAUCAAGCAACAUUAACUGAUUCACCAGCUAAUUCUAUUAAAUCAAAAACUACUCAAGUUUCUUUAGGAUCAUCUGGUAAUGCUCCAAGAAGACAUCAAUCAAGAGAUCGAACUAUUACAAUUAUGCUUGUUAGUGUAGCAUUAUCUUAUAUAAUAUUAACUCUACCUUAUCGAUUAUUUUGGUCUUAUAAUGUUUAUAUAAAACGUAUGUAUCCUGAAAAAUUAAAAUCGGAAGCUUAUUUAUCAAGAAUGCAUUAUAUUGAUCAUGUACUUCGUACAAUACGUAAUAUACAUUAUGGUACAAAUUUUAUUUUCUUUAUAUUUCUUUCGAAGCCAUUUCGUCGGAAAUUUCGACAAUUAUUCAUUGACAGAUUUCGGCAUAAUAAAACAGAUCAAUUUGACGAUCAAAGUAUGAAUACGUUUACGACUAAUAAUUAUAAUCCUAAUAAAAUCAAUAAUGUUCAAAACAUUCCAGCAAUAUUAGAGCUAAUCAAUGAAAAGAAUCAUAAACAAAAUCAUGUUAUUAAAACAGAACGUUCAACAAGAACGAGUAAUCAUGAAACACCUAGUUUAAUUGAUGAUGCUCGUAUACAAGAAGAUGAAUUGUACUCGAUUAUUGAACUUGAACUUGAACGGAAUGAACUGCUGGAUGAACUAAAAUAA